GAAUGUCCCGUGCUAUUAGUGCAGCAGUGGGAUGAGGAAUGUCGCAGCCCUUAGGGCAGCACAGCUGGCACGGGUGGAGGAAAAGCCCGCACUGCCUUUGGGGAGUGUUGAAAGCAGCAAACGCUGGAGCCGCAGUGCUGGGACAGGCCCUAAAAACCAGGGCAGUGAGCUUGGGAAUGAAUAAUUUCCCAAUUUGUUCCAUCUCCAUGCCUGGAUUUGCUGUUUCUAUGGAAACUGAAGAGCCCCGAGUUGUGUGGAUGAUAAAAACACCCCAAAUCCCCACACCAAACCCAAGUCCCCAAGACAUUCUCUCAGCUGUUCAUUUGCCUUCGGUUGGAACUAGUAUUUUUGGCCUAUUGAUAUUCCAUACAAAGGUAUCAGGAAGGAGGACUUGGUCUUUUAUGACAGCCUUUGAGAGCCUUAGUUCAUUGAUGACAUAGAAUAAAAGGCAUUUCCUUCUCUUUUGUGCACAUAUUUGCAUUUUUCAGGACUGGAUCUAACCCAUACAAUAGCUUUUGUGGUACAGUUUAAAAUUAAAUUUCUCCUGGAAUUUAAUAUCUCCAAUCUUAGAGCAUCUGUGACUACUUUUAAAGUAAUGGCUUAGAUAAUUUUGCUCCAAUUUUAAAGGAACUGGAACUCCAGUAAGAAUGAACUCUCUCCCCUUAGAUAAUUAUCUUUUAAUGUUAUUUUUAGUCUGAGUUUUAUUCAUAGAAUAUCAUAUCCAUAAGAUAAUGAAAAUGAAAAUUUUACCAUGACAUAAUUAAGUAAACAUCUCAAUAACAUUUUCCUAACAUGUUGUCAACUCUGUUUCUUAAUGUUUAGAUAAUCAGGCUAAUAACAUAAUUACCUAUGAAAUAACUGAUAAUUAAAUGAAGUGGGCCAUGGAAGCUUAUUAAAAGUUGUUUCUACUUUGAGGAAUUAGUUAGUUUUUUGUUCUUUCAGCAGUUUGAUUUCUUAUGCUGAUAUUCUAACUUCCUAUUUGGAUUAUGUAUAUGAGAUUUAAGUCCUUUCCUCUCUACAAAACAGAAGAUAGAAAAAGAAAGAAAAUAAAGAAAAAAGAGGAAAAAAACCCAAGUCAGAGGCAAACUCUACAUAACAUCACAUAUCAAAUCUUAAGUCGCAUAUCAUAAAACAACAUAUCAUAAUGCAAUCACAUCAUAUAGCAUAACAUUAACAUCAGUUUAGAUCUUGCAAUGGUUUAUUUCACUGUAAUGAACAAAGAUAUAAUUCCCCUACAGAAGUGAAACAGCCUAGGGAAAAUACAGUUUUAUUCUCUAUUCUUUGGAGAGAGAGAGAGAGAGAAAUGCUCUUUGCAGCCAUUUGUUGUGUUGGUGUUACUCAUUUUAGAGCCUUUAUGCAUUUUGGUGUUUUUAGUUUUUCUAACAGCUUAGCUGGGAUUUAGUUCCUUCAUGUAGGAAAAGUUAAUUUUUUAUUUACGUAAUUCAAUUUUACACAGGUUUUACAGACUGUGUGCAACUUUGAUCGGCUAGUAAUAUUUUUGCUUCUUAUUGGUUAAAAGGUGUUUUGUGUGUACAUGCUAAAACUCUUUCUUAUUUAGAUGUUUACAUACCUUUUUUAUUGAUUCUGAUGGGACAGAUCUCUUGUUUCUCAUAGGUGAAACCAGAAUAAUUUGCUGUGUUAACUGGCUUUUCCUUCCUAAGGUUGUUUUUGCAUGGAAAUUUAGAAGUUGCUAUUUGGAGUAGCAGGUCUUAAACCAUAUUAUAUAAAAACUUUCUUUUAUAAUAUCUCUAUCUGUCUGCAACAUUUUUACUCAUUUUUGUGCUGCGUUUAGUGGUGACUCAUUUGAGUGUUGUUACUCGUUUUAGUGCCUGGUCUCUCAGAUUGCACUCAUUUCUGACUCGUGCUUUGAGGCGGACAAAUUCAAAGCGUCAAACGCAUUCCAAGGAUUUCGCUUAGAAAGUGAAACCUGGCUUCCAGGGAAAUGAUUAAAGAGUUGUUUAAAGCUUUAAUUAAUUGAACCGCCCGGGCCGGGGCCGCUCCCUCGCGCCGCUCCUGGUGCUGUCAGCGUGCCCGGCCCGGGCUCCGGAGGCGCUGCCAGCCCUGAGGGGAGCGGCUGGCCCUUGUGUCUCGUCCCUUGUUCCUUCUUUCUCGUCCCUUGUUCCUUCUUUCUCGUCCCUUGUCUCUUGUUUCUCUCCCCUUUUCGCUCGUUUCUCGCCCCUUGUCCCUUUUCCCUUGUCCCCACCGUCGCGGCCUCUCCAGGCCCGGGCCCGCCCCGGGCUCGCGUGAAGGGGAAGCCGCGAGGCCGGGGGUCCCUCCUGGACGCCGUGGUGCCCUCAGGCUCUGGGAGCAUCGGGAAGGGCUAAACCUCCUCGGAUAUCGAAUUUAGGCUGGCCCGGGACUCCCCGCCAUCCCCCCGCCGUCUCCAGCUCCUCUGAGGGGUUGUGCCAGGAGCGCCCUUGCAGGCGAACCAGCUGCAGGUUUUACACGUUUUUAUUUAAACACGCUGCCAGCAUGAGCGCUCAGCAAACACCGCGUGCUUUCCUUGAGGCAGCCAUGGCGUGCAACUCGAAAAAGGCAGAUAAGAAUAGAAAUAAAAGCAAAAAGAUGGAGAAUGAAGCUUCAGAAAAUCCUCAGUUGUCUGACAAAACAGAUUUGGCUCCUUCUGACGACUUGCAGUCCCUUUCCAAGACUGAAUCAUUGGAAAAGGUUUUAAAUGAGGUGAACAAAGAAAUGAAUAACUUGUUAACAAAAUAUGCUGAUGUUAUAAGUGCAAGAACAACAUUGGAUUCUUCUUAUGUCCAGGAACUUGAUGAGAUCUUAAACGAAGCCAGGGCCACAGAGAACCACUUAAAGCAGAAAAGAGAGAAACUGAAACAGAGAUUCGCUCUCAUUGCCAAUACUUUGUAAAGCUAAAUGGAGUUACAGAAGUGCAGAGCCAAAGUCGUGUUUGUGCAUGAAAACAAACUGUGAAGAGUGUUGUGAUGUCUGUUUCUUGUAUAAAUAUUUCUGUCAGUUCAGGAAACUGCCAACAAGUUUAGCAGCUACUUACUGUUUAAAUACAUAGUGUAGUGGUGGUUAAUAAAAACAACUCUGAAUAUCUGUUUUAAAUCCUGUAACUCAAGGGACUAUGACAUUAAGCCGUGUAAACCCAUUAAACAUAGCAAAAAAACAUUUCUGUGAAACACAGAUAUUUAUGAUGUAAGUGGAAAAUGACCUCAGAGUAUUUCAUGUUAACCACUUCCUGGUUAUGUUUUGGUUUUUUUCUUCCUUGCUACUUUAAAAAAUGUUUUUUGAUAACAUCUUAGUAGAAUAUACUUGCAAUGUUAUUUUCGUUUGGCCUCAGAAUGAAAACAGGUUGAAAAGAUCAGUUUAGAAAUAAGAGAAUUCUAUAAAGAACUUUGAGACAUUUAAUUUCAAAUGCAUUGUAGUACUGGCACAUGUGUUACUUUUCAAGGCCAUGUUGAUAUAAAACGUAAUCAAAGCUUUGCUGUUGAUGCCAAUAAAUAAAUAGAUAAUGUCAACAUGAUCUGGAAGUACAAUGUUAUUUUGUUACUGGGCUACAUGAGUUGUUUGCUGAUCCUCAGUUUUUCUGAGAACACUGAGCCCUUUUCCUUUCUUGUCAUCCGACUCUGUUAAAAAUAAAAAAAGAUGAAGCAUGAAAUGUACAAAGGAUCACUUGUACAAAGCGUGGGGCUCGUAAUAAAGUGCUGGAACAAGA